GUGUUUGGCGAAAAUCCAAUUCGUUUUGUUUUGGCGGGUUUAUCCCUUUCGUUGCUUUAUUUGUUAGAUGCCAUCUAUAGGUCUAGAGUUGAUUUUUCCACCUAAUUGUAAGCCUAUAAAUGGUGAUUUAUCAAAAGAAGAAUUAAGAAGACGCCUGACUGAGCUCUGUAACGCACUAGACAUUGUUAUCGAGGAUGAAGGAAAAUCAACAGAAACUUCACUGGAUGGAGAGAGAUUAUCGAUUUCACAGGACCACACAAAAUAUAAAGGGCUGUUCCUUCUACUUGGGUCACCAGAGUUCCUGAAACAUGCAGACAGAGAUAUUCAAUUAAGAGUCGGUGUAUGUAUUUGCAAGCUACUUAAAAUAUUUUGCCCAUGCAAUCCUCUUUCUGGUUUAUCUGAGGAAAAAGUUAUGACAAAAGAAAUCCUGUUUUUCUUAAUUGAUUGUAUUGGAUUACUUUCAAACGUGAAGACGAAAACCGAUGCUGUAUACAUCAAACUUCAUACAAUGAUUUAUAUUUGUGCUCAAAUUGAUGUCUUCAUGUGGUGUUCGUUUUUGGAAGAUGAAUCUGUCCUAUUCAGCUUCGUCAAAAUGGUUUUUGCUAUUGUGAAAAACCUUGAUGUCUGGUCUUGGACUGAUAGUUCCAUCGUUCGCCAGAUGAUUUUGGACAUGGCUGUUAAGGUUAUCAUCCAGUCUGAAAAAUUCCUGUCUUCUGAUGUAGUCACUUUUAUACUUCAGUAUCUAAUAGAACCUGCAAAAAGUACUCAACCGGCUCAGCAUACAUUCGCUCGAGACUUAAUAAUAAGGACUGCUGAUCAGCUGGAAUAUCGAAUUCAAAUGUUAUUGCAAAACUCUCUAAUUGUGGGCAAAUGUAAUGGAACCCAAAUGAAAACUGAAGGUAAGUUCAUCCAUUCUCCUGUAGAGCUUUUGGAAGACAGCAGCGGAGGAAUACCUGAUGUGGAUGAAUCUAAAAAUGAUGAGGAAAAUCCUGAUUUACUUGGAGAGCACGCAUUUCUAAUCAUUUACGCUUUGCACACAAUACAAAGCAGUAUAGUAGCGCCAAUACUUCCGACUAUUGAGUUAAAGCUAAAGUCGCCUAUUGUACGUGAGCGUAAACGAUCUUUCAGAUUAUUAGCACGCUUAUUUUCUGAACCGAAUUCUUUACUUCACAGGAGAAAUCCAAGUCUUUGGGAUGCAUUCCUGGGGCGCUUCAAUGACAUUGAUAGUGAAGUCCGCAAGUUAUGUAUUCACAUGUUGCCUCAGCUUUUAAAACAGAACCAGGAUUUAGUUCAUGAACAGUUGCUGACCAAUUUCCAACAGCGCAUUUAUGAUCCCGAUGAAGAAGUCCGACUUUUAGCUUUAAAAACAAUGACUGGUCUUAUUAAACAAUCUGAAAACGAAGUUAGCGAUGAUGCAUUCGAAUUGUUAAAGGAGCGUUCUCGAGACAAGACCCUGUCUAUUCGUAAAGAAGCUUCUUCCGCUUUAGCUUCGCUGUAUAAGGGUGGUUUGCAGUCGGGAUGUUUAUCGGCUUCAAAGUCAGCUUCCGCACUAAACACGAUUUUGCACUUGUACUAUCAAAACUCAACUGAUGACAAGCUUAUUGUUGAACGUUUAUUAAAGAGCUCAAUCAUUCCGUACCAUUUUGAAAAUGCUGUCCGUGUACAAGCCUUAUUCCGCUGUUACAGUUUGAUGGAUGAAGCUUCUAUCAAAGCUAUGCAGGAAAUUUUUAAAACCCAAUAUGUUGCCCUCAAACUUCUUCGGGAUGUUGUCAAGUUGUUAACCGACCAACGCGAUGCGAAAAUUCCUUCCGAAGUUAAUACUGAAAUAAUGGGUGUCAUACAGCAUCUUAGUAUUUUGAUACCGAAAUCAGAGAAGUCAGUUGAACAUCUGAAACGUUUCUUCAAUCAAGUGCAUACAGAUAAAACACUAUGGAAUCAUUUAGUUAAACUGACUAAGCCGCAGACCACUUGUGCUCAGGCAACAACAGCGUUGAGGGAUAUAUUAAAAAAAAUAGGGACGGCAGCAGAAAAUCCCAAUAGUGCCAAUGAUAACCAAACAAACUACGCACGUGUUGUAAAGAUUUUACUAGAACGAUGUUCACCUGUUCUUUUUGAUCGUAAUUUUGGCACAGAAUUAGUCAAUCAGCUAUUUGUCAUCAAGAAAACUGGUUGCUUAUCUGGAACUGCUGGACGUAUGAACGUAACACGUUCACUACGUUUAUUACUUGCAGUUUCCGUUUAUUUUAAAGAGAUACUCCCUUCCAAUGAAGUCAUGGAUUACCUACUCUGUAUUUUAUCUGAUGAAUACUCGUCAGUGCUUAAUGAUGAUAAUGAUGAAAAUGUAUCAUCGUCAUCUAAUUCAGAUUCUUAUGACGAUUCGUAUACAUUACAAGAAAUGGCUUUAAGUAUUCUAUGUUGUGUACUUGGUGGGGGUCCAAGUGGAACAUUUAGUAACACUGACUUAACUGAGCCUCUUCAAAAUAUCGCUGACAAACAAAAUCUUAGUAUUUAUGCUCAGUUAACUGAACGUUCAGAAGAAUUAUUACCAAUUUUACAUCGCUUUUGCUGUACAGGAAUUGCUCCCAUUUCUCUGGAAUCAUGUCAAAAUAGAGAGACUGCAGAAAAGUCUAUAAAAAAUAAUCGGAAAACAACAAAACAUGGAGCAAAAAUUCCUUCACCCAAGUUAAUAACAGAAGCUGUUUCAAAUAGUGUUGUUUGGCGUCGUGAAUGUCGUCGUUCCAAGCUAUCAAUACGUAUUUUGUUUUGUCUGUGCAAUGUUGUACGUCAUUUAUUAAAUUCAAAGAGUAAUUCUGAAACAAACAAUAUAGAUUUGGAUGAAGAAUCUACUAUAUUAGAGAAUGAUGAUUUAACUGACGAACUGAAAAGAUUAUAUACUUUAAAAUCUAAAAUUAAUGAAAUUCUCAAUGAUAUUGUUCAGGUUUGUAUUUCAUGCCCUACUCUAUCUAACGAUUACAUAUCCUGCCUCACUUCACUAAGCCAUAUUGCUUUAUUAUUUCCUGAUGUAUACAACGAAGAUAUUAAAAAUUUCAUUACAAAAUCUUUGGUACAACAAGUAUUAACAAUUGAACCAGAUGAUUUACGAAAUCAAGAACAAGAAAAAGACAAAAUGCAGAUAAACAGUGUGACAUCAAAGAACUUUUCAAAUCAACCCAACGCUCUUAGUUCUUGGUCACCUGAUAGUUUAGUCAGUAACUUAACUAAAGCAAAGAUUUCAGCUAUCAAACUAAUAACAAAUUGGUUAGUAGGUUUGAAAAAUGAAGUGAAACCUGUUGUUCAGGUUAUUAUUCGACUUCUUUAUCGUAUAAUCAUUCAUGAUGGCGAUUUAACAAAAAGUGGUAAAUUAUCAUACGGUGAAAUGUCAAGGCUGCGCUUAGUUGCCGCUACAUCUUGGUUAAAGCUUGCACGUUCUCAGGCUUAUGUUGAAUGUAUUGAAAUUGGCUGGUAUUUGUCAAUGAGCUAUAUAAUUUGUGAUCCAUGCCCACAAGUGCGUUCACACUUCUUAACUAAACUCAAUCAGGGUUUAUAUAAACUGAGUCUUCCUCUUGAGUACAUGGCUAUUUUCGCACACUCUGUUAAUGUAUCAGAACCUGCAUUUAAACAACGUGCAAAACAACUUUUUAUUGCGAAUAUCCAACGCCGUCGAGCAUUUUUAAAUAAACACCCUUCGUAUUUUCGUGAUGCCAAGUUUUUAUUUGGUCUGUUACCUGAUUAUGUAUUACCGUACGUGAUUUACUUACUCUCACAUGAUUCCAAAUGGACAAAACUAGAUGAUGUAGAAAUACUUAAUAAAAUCAAAAGUGCUUUAUGGUUCAUCAUGGAACCGAUUAUGUCUCAUGGUGAAAAUUUCAGUUUUUUACGAAAGAUUAUCGAAAAAAUUAAAUACGCACGAGAUGCCCUUCAUCCUGAUGAUACUCUGAUUAAUGAGAAACUGUAUACUGUAUGUGAUAUUUCUUUGGGUCUUUUAUUAUCACGUUGCAUUAACCCGACAAUUAAAGAGUAUCCGGUGGAUGUCAAGCUACCUAAAACUCUUUUUACCUCUGCACCAAGUGAUUUUCGUAAUCCUGAUUUUAAGCAGUUGAUAAAUAUCGGUUCAGAAAGUGAAGCACAAACAGGUACAGGCAUUAUAAAUUCACCUUCGGAAAUGCCCAUCAAAAAUAAGGUUCAACCACUUUUACAGUUCACUCCCAACAAACACACGAAAGCAUUUAAAGAAGGAUUAAUUCCUCCUGAGCUUGUAAAACCUAAAGGCGUUAACACUUCAAAGCCAAGGUAUUUAAUUAACUAUUUUUACACUAUAUUGGUUAUCGGUAAUGGCUAGAACAAUAAUAUAGUUCCGUCAUAUGGACAUAUUUUCUCACUAAGAUGAAACUGUUUAGUAGCUUAACGUGUUUUUAACCUAGGUAUUGACUUCUGGCUUUACCAAAUCUAAUUACCUCCCGGCCGGUGCCAAAAUGAUUCUUCGCUAGCAAUUUAGUAUUUGGUAAGAGUAUGCAGUGCUAAAAGAUGUAAAACAUUACAGUUAUGAGAAAAACAUAUCAAUAUUUUUCUCUUAAAUUUUUCCACUCAAUCAGGAGUUUUAUCAAGAAUCCUGGAAACCCAUUUAUGAUCCGAUUGUGGUCCAAUUAAAACUUCCCUCUGAACCGAAAAUGUUGAUUUCGUCCGUUCUAGGUAUAGUUAAUUACUUAUUACAAGGACUGAUAAAUAUAAAUCAGGUUUACACAAAUAUAUAGAUCUUGCACUGUAAACUAAACGUUUAUGACUACUUUUGAGUAGCCAAUUAUCUAAAUUUUCAAUAUUUAGUCGGAUUCUUCAUUGUUAUAUUAAAUUAGUCAUGAGAUGCUAAAUUAAUCAGUGUUGGUUUAUCUAAAAUCUAAAUGUUCUUUCAAUUACAUACAAACGGCUUACUUGAUUAAACUGGACCUAUUAACCGUGUACAAUUUCCUCACUGAUUAUCCCGUUUUUUUGAUUGUUUUUAUGAACUUUUCAAAGACUCAGAAUGGUUUUUUUCAUAUAGGAAAAAAGCAAAAGAAACAGUCAGUCAUAAGAAAAAGGAGAGAAAUGAGAUGGAAUUCAAGACUAAAUCAAAUAAUAAUAUUGACGAGCUAUCAGGGCAUGAAAGCAUCGACGAUAAUGAGAACUCUUUGUCAGACGGCCGAGAUAAAAAACAUCAACAACAGGAAGUUAUAUCCAUUUGUGUAGCAUCUACCAGUAGUAACAUGUUAUCCUCAGAAAUUGAUACUAAAGUUUGUGAUGAUGUUAUUACGAAAACACAGGAAGUUAGAUCGUCUCCCCCUCACCCAGAAGCUGUUAAUAAUAGGAAAAAGCGUCGAAAAACAACUCCGCAGGAAAAUCUUAAACGCCCACGCAUUAGUAAAUUAUCAGACUCAAAUUCAAACAAAAAACAAUCCACACUUGAUUUUGUUGUAAAAGGUAAUGAAAUUUCCUCAAACAAGACCUUUUCCCAAGUAAAGGAUACAAGUCAACAAUCGUCUUCCAUCUUACUGAGUAAGGAUGUAAACGUUAAGCUUAAAAAAAAACCAGAAUCCAGUAAUGCAAAGCAAAAUAAAUCUCGUCCUAAUAAAAACUCUAGAAGGAAUAUUAAAAAAUCCAUAUCAUCUAAAAAAAACGACCGAAACAUCUCAUUAAGAUCAAGGAACUUAGCAAUUUCAGAAAAUUCUCAGAAGCCUACUAAGAAUGCAGAAAGAACUUUACAUUCUGUUAACAAAAGGCCUGUGAGAAGUAAUGUAAGAAGUUCAUCGAGACUAAAAACCAAUAAACGUACAACUCUUCCGGAUGUCCUGUCAAGACGCCCAUCCUUGAGAAUGAGUGCGGUAAUCGCCAGACAAAAACUCUUAACCCCAAUGUCCCAGUCUAGCUCAAACUCGACGUCUCAAGUGACUCCAAAACGAAAGUGGUAAUACCUCUUGCGUAGCGGAGAUCCUGUUUUAAUUCUUUUGAAAUCAUUUUCCGAGGAUGAUUUGUUUUAAUAUUUUGUUGACCUGAUCUCGGGUUUUUUUGUAUCGAAUUAAUUUAUCUUUUUCAAUAACGUUUUAUUGCCUGAGUCCCAAAAAGUUCAUUUGCUACUAACCACCUAGUAAUAUUUCUUUGUAAAUUAUAUUUCUUCCUAAACGCAUUUAUCCACGAUUUUGUGCAUCUAAGAUAUGUGGACGUUUUAUUAAUAGCUCUCUUAUUCACUUUCCCGAAAUACACCUAUGCACUCAGACGACAAGAUUCUUUUUUUUCACUUCUCUCCAAAAAGACUUUCAAAAAACAAAGUAUACUAAUAUUUA